AUGAACUGUUUUCUACUGAGCUUCAAUCUUAUUUUAAUCAUUUGCAUCGGCUUUCAAUUCAGUAUYAACUUGUCAGAUGGGUUAAAGUGGAUCUCAAAACCUUCGAACCAAAAGUUUGGACAUGUUGGAUCUACGGUUCACAUCACCUGGCAUUACGAUUGCAACCAGAAAUUUGUUGUAUCUACACUUAUUUACGACAAUAGACAGAUAGCCCAACGAAUCCCAGCUACACACAAAUAUAUUUUAACAAAGAAUGAUAUGGAUGCUCAUUUCUCUGUUAUCGGUGGAUCGAAUGUAACAAUUAUCAUCCCUGAUGUUGAAAAAGAAAAAAGUGGAUCAUAUUGCUGUGAGGUUAUGUGUAUUGGUGAACCAUCAGAAAAGGCAUGCACGAUGCUCUUCAUAUAUGCUUUGCCUCGUAUCAACUAUCUGACCUCGCACCUUUAUGGAAAACAAGGAGAUUCAAUAACAUUAAGAUGUAAUGCCUCUGGACAUCCAGCACCCAAUUAUACAUGGAUACGCAAGGAUAYGAACAGAGCAAUAGCUAAUUCCAGUGUGACGUCAUUCAGCAUUACUGGUAAAGCAUCAGGAGGAAAGUACUGCUGUCAUGUGUCAAACGGUUUUGGGGAGGAGACUAAUUGUACGUCUGUUAAAGUAACAGAAUAUCAACCAAUAAAUACAAAGCUGACAUCGGAUAUGAAAUUUGCAACAGCAAAUAAAACAUUUGAAGUAUUCUGUAAUGCAGACGCUUCUCCGCCAGCAAAUUACUCCAUCAAACAAGGAAAUWUAACAAUGGUAAAUUCGUCURAUGGUAAUGUCACAAUUACUACACCAAGUAAUGGAACGUAUCUUACUGUCAGCUGUAUUGCAAAGAACAAAUAUGGGCAAGAAAAGGCAAAAUACCUCAAAAUACCGAUCUAUCAAUCACCAACUAUAGUAGAUCAUCCAGACAAUCGAAUUACAAUGAGGAACGAUAGCAUUACACUGCAAUGCAAAGCCACAGGGACCCCAAGACCAAAUACUAUUUGGUAUGACGAAAUAAGAAAUACAACCGUUGAAGCUGCAAAUGGAACGUUACUCGUACAAAAUGAAGACUGUAAAAAUAGUAUAUCACAGUACUACUGUGUGGCAUCGAAUGUUGUUGCAAACGUCAAAAGUCCUUCAAUAACAGUAAAAGGUCAAGGUCUUUCGUUUUACAAUCAAACAUCGACGGUGCGGCAAAAUCAUUACCCAGUCGAGUCACCUUAA